AUGCUGUCUGUUUUCCUUCUCACAUCCAUGGCUUUCUUGGGAGCUACGAGCAUAACAGGCAUAGUCUCAAAUUGUAUUAUCAUUUCUGUAAUUUUUUUUGAAAAGGAAAAAGGCCUCAGUCCUUCUGACCUCAUUUUGGUCACACUUGGAAUAUCAAACAUAAUUUUCCAGUUAGUCAUGAUAGCAAAUGACUUGCUGAUCAUCCUGUGGAGUGAUAUAUACUUCUCUGAAGGCAUUUUCUCCACUUUAAAAUCCAUGUUGUACUUCCCAAUCUUCUCCAGCUUUUGGUUCACUGUCUGCCUUUGUGUUUACUACUGCUUGCAGAUUGUCAUAUUCUCCCAUCCUUUCCUGGUGCGUCUCAAACUGGGGAUAUCCAAGAUAGUACCAUGGUUUCUUGUGACUUCAGUCAUCACAUCUGCAGCUAUCAGUGCUCCAGCGGUCUGUAGUUCCUACAAGGAGCACCUUAGUGGGAAUGCAUCAAGAAAUAUAAGCUUGGAAUGGAAUAUUCCCAAGUUGAGUAUUACAUACCUGCUUUCCAGUAAUAUUAUUGGCUGUUCCCUACCACUAGUGCUUGUUGCUAUCUCCAAUGGACUAAUCCUUAGGUCACUUGUGUCUCCUUGUAACAAAGUUGAUAAGGCAAGUAAAGUUCAGAGUCCUCGUGCAAAGGCCAGAAACCGAGCAGCCCGCACUGUUGGAAGUCUUCUUCUCCUCUAUAUGUCCUUCUACAUCUCUGAGAUCAUGAUGUUUCUAGAUCUCUUUCCUCCCAGUAGUCCUGGGUUUUGCAUCUGCUUGCUGAUUAUUUAUACUUAUUCACCAGCACAGAGUAUUAUCCUGAUUCAUGGCAGUAUUAAGCUGAAAAAAUCGAUAAUGAACUUAGUGCGAUUGAACUUACUUCGACUUUCUGAGAAACUGAGCAACGAGCAGACAGAGGCACCAACGAUUUUCUCUAUAAAGCUUAGAAUCCAAAAAAAUGAAUCUGAUAUAUGUCAAUAUGUAUAA